AUGUCUGCUGCCUGGCGCGACACAGUAGUAAAGGCCGUGGUCAGUGUUUCGUAGGUCAGCGUGCGGUUGGUGAAGGGUUUGGGAAUGAAAAAUAGCCCAUAGGUGGAUUAAGGGUCCAGCUAUCUCAACAUAAGUGUAACGAUUGUGAUUUCUGUGUAGUUAAGUGAUAACUUGGUAAGAUUUGGUACCGGGUCGAUCAGUUGAGUGUUUUGGUGGUUUGACAUCACUAAGAGUACCUUAUUGCUGAGUGAACGAUCAUAUCCUCUUACAUACAACCAUCAAGAACACACCACACUGGGUAGAUCUAACUGAGAUUCAAGAUGCCUGUCCGGAAGCAAGAGGCUCACCGCGCGCUAGAGCUGUUGGAAGACUAUCAUAGUAAGCUGAACAGGCCUCAGGACAAGCAACUCCGAGCAGCGAUCGAACGGGUCAUACGCAUCUUCAAGUCAAGGCUCUUCCAGGCUCUAUUAGACAUCCAGGAGUUCUACGAGGUGACGCUCCUGGACGACAGCAAGAGCGUGCAGCAGAAGACGGCCGAGACCCUCCAGAUAGCCUCCAAGUGGGAGAUCAGCAGUGGACCGAUGGCACCGCACAUAACCUGCCCGAAGGACGAGAUCGAAUUGGACGUGAGCGAUGUCCCAGACCUGCCAACGCCAGAGCCUUCCCCUGUGUUUGAGAAGUCCCGCUACGACGAUGGCGUCCCUCCUCCCGUCAGCGCCUCACAGAUGAGGGACAUGACCACCCUGGAUGGUGUCCCUCGUUCCGCCCUCAAUCACGACUCCUCCAAGGCCGCACUCGCCACGCCCACCGCCCUGAUACGUGCGCCCCCUAUCUUGACCAUAAACCCUGGCGGCAUGUCGAUAACACUGUUGCCGAGGGCCGCCGAGGACGCGCGUGAGCCGCCGCUCGGAGGAAUUGACUCAAAAGAUGAAUAUGGACAGGUCAUGCUCACUUCAGCUUUGCGUUCCGUGUGUUGUGUCGCCACCUUCCCGAUGCAGACACUGGUGAAAAUUAUCAAGCUCUCGCCGGAAGCACAUCUCAUCCGCGACACGGGGUAUUUUCUGGGGGCCAGGGAACAAUAUGUGAAUUAUGACAUCGAAUUAGACACCAUUACACUCUUCGGCAAUAGUCAAAUCUGA